AUGCCAGUGACUUGGAAGCUGCCGGGUUUAGUCUAUGCUGCCGACCUGGUCCUGCUAGCCGAAAGCCCAACGGACCUGCGACAACUGGUCACCCUCGCUGCGACCCACCUGUGGCCCAUGGACCUGGCAUUCAAUGCAAAGUCUGCUGCAUUGCAGUUCUCAGGCUCCCACUCUAAUGCCGACAUAUACCUGCCAGGAGGAGAUCAGAUACAGUGGGCCUCUGACUAUCGGUACCUCUGGGUAAUAUUGAGCACCUGCGGUGACUUCUUGGGGGUGCAUGAAAUAAAUCUGCGCAAGACUUCACAGAGAGCAGCAAACGUACUGCGCCGAAAAAGCCCAUGGGGACGAAACCGUUUCCUUCUCAUCCGAGACUUGUGGAAGGCUGUUCAUGCCCCUGGCCUCACAUUCGCCAAUGCAACUGUGCCUCACUGUGACAACCAGGCAAUGGAUGGAGCGUGGCCAGCGGGAGCGCACCCAGUUCGAAGCAGUCCACAAGGGCUGGGUCCUCGACUUCUGGAACCCCUGUUAUCAGAGCUGCGGUUCUCCAACACAACGGGAGCAUCGCUCAACUGCGCGGUCGCUGGUCAGCCUCCACCGAGGGUCACGUGGUUGCGCGAGGGUGUCGAAGUGGAGUCGCUUCAGGGACUCUUGUUCCUCCUCCCCAACGGCACGCUGCGGUUCCCGCCCUUCACAGCUUCCCAGUUUCGUCAAGAAGUGCACGGCUCCACAUACCGGUGCAGAGCAGAAAACAUGUUCGGGGCCAUCCUGAGCACGGAAGUGCGCGUCCGAGCAGUUGUGGAGCAAUACUACGAAGUGCAAGUGUACGACGAAUUCACCAUCGCCGGAAACACAGCGGUUCUUCGAUGCCACGUGCCAUCAUUCGUGCGUGACGACGUAAUUGUCGUCUCGUGGGAGCAGAAGAUUGACAACAAGGUUGACGUCGUGGUCAAUGGAGGUCGUAUGAGCGUGUUUUCAAGCGGAGAGUUGCAAGUGCGCCAAGUUCAACAGACUGACGGCACCACCGAGUUUCGCUGUCGUACGUGGCACCGACUAACAGGAGAGACCAAACUCAGUUUGUACGGCAAGCUUGUCGUGACAGAUCUCAAAGUGAAUGUGCCACCACGCAUCACAAACGUGCGAUCUUCUAUCGUCGCAAGCGAAGGUGACUCUGUGCAACUGCCUUGCGCCGCCCAGGGAUACCCUCCGCCCAAAUAUAUGGAUGCGGCAUGGCAGCAACAGAAUGGUGACUUGAGUGACUUGGGGUCCCAGGGGCACGACAGCAAGGUGGUCUCCUCUGAUGAUGAGGUGGAACGCGUCGACGAUUCGAGCCAGAGCGGCUUCACUGUUAACGGUGGCUUGGUGAUUCCGGCCUCCAAAGUGCUAUGGGAAAGACUUACUACGGCGGACAAUGGCAGCCCUCAAAAUCCCUUCAUCGUUGGAAGUUCGAGGCACGAACCAACUGAAGGAUCGUUGUUAAUCCGCAAGGUAGAGCCGCAGGAUGCGGGAAAAUACCUGUGCCUGGUCACCAACGUGGUUGGCGAGGAACGGGCCACCAUCACGCUCGACGUGCGAUCUCCUGUGGAGGCCCGCAUAGUACCAGAAGUGCUGACCACUCAUGUUGGCCAGCCGGCAUCCCUGCGUUGCGUGUCGACAGGCCGACCUCCACCCCAGGUCAGAUGGUUCAAGGACGCCCAGGAGCUGCUGGACGACGACGUGCGCAUUCGCCUGCUCGAUGACCGACACCUCAUGCAGCUGGCCACUGUGGCCACCCAGGACGACGGCAUAUAUCAGUGUCUUGCCUACAAUGCUCUCACCCAGGCGCAGGCAUCGGCGCAGCUCAUCCUUGGAGACACGGCUCCGGUUUUACUAGAGUCACCAAAGGACUUCAAAGUGAAACCAGGCGACUCCUUGCUCCUCAAGUGCGAAGCCACUGGUUCACCCGCGCCAAAGAUAACGUGGAGCGUCGAUGGAAUUCCUGCUCGCCACAUGAAAUCAAGCAGGGUGAACAUCAGCGAGGUGUGUAAACUUCAUCGAUGUGCCUACUGUAGCAGUUACGUGAAUAUUUCUCGCAUCCGCAAAGACGAGGCUGGUGUAUGGCGAUGCGUAGCCGUCAACUCGGCCGGCGUGGCAGAGGCCACUGCGCGCGUGGCCUUGAGGGGUCCGCCGACAGUGCGUCCCUUCGUCUCCAACCGCACCGCAGUGGCCACCGAAACGCUGGAGAUGCACUGCGCGCUGCUCACCUACCCAAUCAAAUCUGUUCACUGGGAAAAGGACGGGCGUAAGCUGCCCUUCCACCACCGUCAGAAGGUGUUUGCCAAUGGCACUCUGCUGCUUCUGGCCACCACUGUCCAUGACGCAGGAAAGUACACCUGCGUGGCAUCAAACGAGGAAGGACAGAAAGCCAGCGCAAGCCUUCACGUCACCGUUAAAGUUCCUCCGCUGAUCGAACGGUUCGCCUUCGACGAGAACCUACACGAGGGCAUGCGAACUCGAGUCUACUGCAACAUCGCUCGCGGUGACCCACCAGUCCGCAUCACGUGGCUGCGAGACGGACAGCCCGUGAAGUCCAGUCCAGACAUCGAAGUCCGCGUGCUCGACCCUUUCUCGGUGGCGCUGGCCAUCGACAGCCUCAGUCCGAGCCACGAUGGCAGCUACACAUGCGUUGCUUCAAACACUGCGGCCACGGUAAACUACACGGCGCCACUCAGAGUGCAUGUGCCUCCGCAUUGGAUCAAUGAGCCAGCGGACACGUCAGCCGUGGAAGGCCACAGUGCGAGCAUGGACUGCGCUGCCGAUGGCCACCCAACACCGAGAGUCACGUGGCACAGAGGAGUCGAACCAGGCGCCACGGAAUACCGACAGAUUCUGAGCGGCCCCGACUACCAAGUUUUCGAGAACGGCACGCUACGCAUCGCACAAGUCAGAGUCUCUGACCGGAAUUCGUACCUUUGCCAAGCCAGCAACGGCGUCGGCACUGGACUCAGCACGGUCAUCACGCUCAACGUUCAUGUGCCAGCGCGCUUCAACGAGUCGUACCGCAACCAGACUGCGAAGCGGGGUCACAGCGUCGACCUCGAGUGCAGGGCCUCCGGCGACGCGCCCAUCAACAUCAGCUGGAGCCACAACGGACGCCGACUGGACCCUCACAAAUUACAGGGUUCACGCGUGAAUGCCAAGUCGCUGCCGGACGGCCUUGUGUCCACAUUGUCGUUGUCCGGGGCCCAGCGGGAGCAUUCGGGAAUGUACGCGUGCGAAGUGGCCAACAACUACGGCCAGGACGAGAAGCACAUCCGGCUCAUCGUGCAAGAACCUCCAGAAGCGCCUGUUGGAUUCAACGUGACCAGUGUUAACAGCCGUUCAGCGAGCCUGGCGUGGAGGGAGCCGUACAACGGCAACAGUCCCAUCCUGUCCUAUCUCAUACAGUACAAGAACGCCACCGUUGAUUGGUCAGCGGACGCGGGCCGGUGGGUCCGUAACGUAAGCGCUGGUCGCGAUCAGACGUCGUGGACAGUGCGCAGUCUACAGCCUUCAGCCUCGUACCACCUGAGGGCGGCCGCGGUCAACGCGCUCGGCGUGGGGCCAUUCACCCAGCCGCCAUUGAUGAUCACCACGGACGAGGAAGUGCCUGGGGGUCCACCAACUCAUGUUUCCGUCCAGACGUUGGGACCGCAAUCUCUUAAGGUUACUUGGAAGCCUCCGGUUCCCGAACUUCGUCACGGCAGCAUCCGGGGCUACUACGUGGGCUACAAGCUGCACAAUUCGAGCGACCUGCACCUCUACAAGACGGUCGAGAGCGGAGGAGAGGGGGACGAGGCACCGGGAGAGUGCGUGCUCAACAACCUGCGCAAGUUCACCAAGUACAGCGUGUUGGUGCAGGCGUACAAUGCCGUGGGCGCCGGACCGCGUUCAGACGAGGUCGUCGUCUAUACCGCGGAAGACGUACCUCAUGUGGCCCCGUCAGGCGUGCACUGCUCAGCCAGUUCAGCCACAAGCCUUCGUGUCUCAUGGGCCGUGCUACACGAGCAGAGCUUGGAUGGCUUCCACAAGGGUUACCGUGUUCUCUACAAGAUGAUUGACCACAAUGUUUAUGGACCAGAAGAAGUCGAGACGGCGUCGUCGCGGACGGGGCCGGCAUGGACCGAGCACGACGUGUCUUCCGACGUCACUUCGGUCAUGCUUGACAACGGCGUGGAGCCCUUCCACAACUACAGCGUCCGCGUAGCCGCUCGCACUGGUGCUGGCCCGGGAGCAUUCAGCGAGCCAGUCCACUGCACAACACCCGAGGAUGUGCCAGAGGCACCCGCCGACAUCAAGGCACUGGUUCUGACACCAGACGCCAUCCUGAUCAGCUGGCUUCCACCGCCUAGGGCGAAUGGCAUUCUUCAGCGGUACACUGUGUACAGCCGGGUUCAUUCUCAAGCGUCGAGUCAGCAAGUCUCGGGCGCUCUUCCGGCGCGGCCUGUGUCCGUGCCGGCGUCCCAGUUCUGGCACGAGACCCGCGGCUUGCGCACGGGUCAGCGCUAUGAGUUUUGGGCAACCGCGUCGACGGGUGCCGGUGAGGGUCCGGCCACGCGUAUCAUCACCCAGAGUCCAGAAGUACGGGCUCCGGCACGCAUAGCAUCCUUCAGCCGGGAAGUGAGCGUUGCCCUGAAGCAAGACCUGGAGCUUCCUUGCAGGACAGCGGGACAACCGACGCCAGUGAGGGAGUGGCGGACAAGAAAAACGGGUCGAGACUGCGACAUGACGGAGAUUCAACACAGCAGCUUGCAGAAAGAGUACGAGGUGCACUACAAGAGGGAGCACGGUUCCUGGGAUUCGGUGCACGUGGCUCCUCCGCAGCCGAAGGCCAGUGGUGGUACCGGAGCCAGAGAGACACCUUCGCCGCCCAUGUUAGCCUCGGCCACUCGAGUCAACGGCACAUGGUUGGCUCACGAGCUCACCGGCCUGUCAUGUGGCACGCAGUACCACAUCUACGUGGUGACCGUGGCUGACAGGGGUCGCAGCGAGCCCAGUGACACCGUGUUCGCAAGGACGAAGGGCGGAGUGCCAUCGUCGCCCAAGCAGAAGGCUUUCGUGUCGGCCAACGCAAACUCGCUGACCCUUCGUCCGUCCUCCUGGGCGUCUGGUUCAUCCGGCUGCCCAGUGUCGCACCUAGCCGUCCAGUACAAACCACGUGACAGAUCGGGACCCUGGACGGUGGCUUCGCGCGCGCUGCAGCCGCGAGAGGGCCCCAUGACGCUGCACCACUUACGGCCAGACACCUGGUACAACCUGCGCGUCACGGCACACACUGAGGCUGGCACAACCUCAGCAGAGUACGCCAUCCGCACCUUGCCAGCUUCGGCCACGCUCACAGGCACUGUACUCCCGGAAUUGAUGGUCGGGAAUGGCGGUGGGGGCACGGACGGCGACCUAACGCUGUUGGUGCCCAUCGCUACCUCGCUCAGCUUGGCCCUGACCGCCGCCGCACUCGUCUUGGGCUACCUUUGCUGCAGGAGGCGCGCAGAUCCCACAUUCGACAAGGGUCGCGGGGGCCACGCAGUAGUAGGAGGUGGUCGCAGGGCCAGCAACGACACCCUCGCCGAGUCGGUGCUGAUGAAGCGAUCCAGCAUCGACAACGUCCUCUCUACGCUCACUUCGGCGUCCGGCCGUCAGGGGUCGUCCUGCCUGGCCUCACCGGGACGCCACUCCGCAGUAGGCACCCACAGUCACACCCACGCAAGGAACAACCUGUAG